GCAAUCACCAAGAUGCCGUUGGAGACUACCUACCUUGGUCCCCAGGCGAAUCAAGUAUCCCCUUUGUAUUUGUUUCUGGGUUUGAAAGCAUCAGUAUACCAGGGAGUGCAGGAUUCCAUUUUUCAAAGCUGAUUCAAGCUGCUUAGCGACGCAGACCAGAUGCACCAUGAUGAACCCCACUUUUGGUUCAAGGGGUGGAGCCCCAAGUGAUCUGUGUCAAGGAUAGAUCUCCUCUCGUCUCACUCAUGACGUCCAUGAUGGAGUGGUGGUCAUCGUGGCUUUUGGAGAUGCACAGCAACUAUGAGGCGGCCAUGAAAGAUCAUCCGUUCGGUGCACCAGGUGACACUCGCUAUUGGUUGCACAAUCAGUUCUUGCUCUUGGGCACAAUGAUGGCAGUUUGCCUUCGGGUAGGUCUAUGCCAGUGGCUAGGGAAAAUGGUUCUUGUUUGGCUGAUCUACUCGCCCGAGAAUUGGGAAACAAACUACCAAGCACUGGAAGAGAACUCCCAAACAAAUGAUGGUUUGGAGUCCAAUACUGCACCCGAUGGAAAUGCUAACGGCCAAUUGCGGGAGCUCUUUCAGCCAGAUGGUUGGGAACGAGCGUGCAAGCGCCUUGCCUAUGACCCACGGGGAUGGAAACCACAUGUGGUGGCAGUGCUGAAACUAUUGACAUUUCACCUUGGGCAGGCUGCUGGCUACGGGGUUAUUUUCAUUGUGUAUGCACCUGUGCUGUGGAAUACAAGUGAUUUCUUGUUCUAUGUCGCUUGCUGUGUGCUGCUGCGCGAGACAGUCUAUGCGGUGUCCGCUGUCCUGACAUUGUCUAUACGGCCCGGCUUCAUGCUCUACAGCAUGAAGCAUGGCAACUUUUGGAGCAAUAUGGCAUAUAUCGUUUUCCCAGACAAAGUGAUGAUUGCAAACCUUGAUGAUAGUGGUACAUGGAUCAUUGUUUCAACAGCGUUAGACUUUCUCCCGGCACUUGGACUUGUAGUAGGGCAGAAUGCUCAAGUCUUGGACCUACCCAUCGUGGUGGCCUGGUUAGUAGCGGCAGCUCCUUCAUAUGUUGCUUUCUCUUUGCUUCCGACAUAUUGUUUAGUGUGCACCAUCUUCGCUCUUGCUGACAUUGUUUUACGCCUGCGCGGCCUUCCUGACUGAGUCUGUCAGCCUUUGUUCUUGAUGUUUGUUUCCUUCUCGCUGGAAAUGUACAGAGACGCGACCCGCGCGAA